AUGGAAUCACACAACCAUCUCUUCUUCAGCUGUCCCUAUGUUAAACCCUUGUGGAACUUUCUGCAAGCACGUUGUGGGUUCUACAUCUUGCCCUCAAAUUGGUCUGAAUUAGUACAUUGGGCUGCUCAUCACUGGCGAGGCAACAAUCAAGCUCAGUGUAAUUCUGUAUCCAAAUUUGCUCUCUCUUCUCUGGUUUAUAAUGUGUGGACUGAACGAAACAAGAGGCUUUUCAAGAAGAAGAGGCUAUCAGCUAAUUCACUACUUCAUAUGACAUUAGAACCUGUUCGAUUGAAGCUCAUGUCCUCAACAUUUACUGAAUCAAUCCACACCAGACGGCUUACUGUGGAAUGGGAUCUUCCAUCCUGCGUUCUAAGGCCACCACCAGAGCCUCCAGAUUGA